AUGCAUACUACGGCGAUGGGGGAAAAUGAUGACUCCUUCCCCAAUGAUCAGAUUUCGGAUAGUGACAGUCAAAUUGAUCGCACCGAUUCAUAUUCAUCCUCUGAUACUUCAUCGAGCGAUGACGAUGUCGAAUGCAUGUCGCGAAUGCAGACCGCGCAGACUCAACCUGGGUAUGGUCUAGAGCGCCAUCCUACAGCGCUCAGUCGGAUCGCAACACAGCGAAGUCAGCACAGCGCGACAGUUGGAUCACUCAGGCCGCGACAAUCCAGGAAGCCUUUGCCCGAGUUUGGAGCAGGAAAACCGUAUCCGCCUCCGCUCCCAGACAAAGAGGAGUAUGUGGUAGAGUUCGUUGGACCUGACGACCCUCUACACCCGCAGAACUGGCCUACUAAAAAGAAUAUCUUUUCUUCCGCGAAUUCUGUAGUGUCUGCAAAGUUCAAUGUAUCAACCGAGGUUGGCACUCUGGGCAUGUCUUUAUAUGUUCUCGGCUUCGCAUUUGGUCCUACCCUCUUCUCCCCGUUGUCAGAGCUGUUUGGCCGCCGAUUGCCCAUCCUUAUCGGCAUUUUUGGGUUCACGGUUUUCCAAUUCGGCGUUGCUACGGCUGAGAAUCUCCAAACCGUCAUCAUCUGCCGUUUUUUUGGAGGAUUUUUUGGAGCGUGUCCUAUCGCUGUAGUGGCAGCUGUGUUUUCCGACAUCUAUGACAAUCGUCACCGUGGACUUGCAAUCACGAUAUUUACCAUGAUGGUCUUUACGGGCCCGCUUUUUGCUCCGUUCAUUGGGGGUUUUAUCGUGGAUAGUUACCUAGGCUGGCGAUGGACAGAAUAUCUCGCGGGGAUAUUAGGAGCCACUGCAUUCGUAUUGGACUUGUUCUUCGUCCAUGAGACAUACCCUCCAAUUGUCCUGAUCAGAAAGGCCGAAGAGCUGCGCCGGAGAACCAAGAACUGGGGCAUCCAUGCGAAGCAAGAGGAAGUCGAGAUUGACCUGGGCGAGUUGAUUGCGAAGAAUUUCAGCCGCCCCGUGCGAAUCCUGUUCAGUGAGCCAGUCCUGCUCCUACUAAGCAUCUACAUGGCCUUUCUAUACGGCUUGCUCUACCUUUUCAUGACGGCAUAUCCUAUAGUUUUCCAGCGAAUCCACGGUUUCAACAAGGGUGUUGGUGGGCUACCUUACUUCGGCCUUAUCCUGGGCGAGUUCCUUGGAGGGUUCUUCAUCAUUGCAAUGCAACCCUGGUACAACAGAAAAUUGAGCGCGAAUGGCGAUAUCCCAAUCCCUGAAUGGAGAUUGCCACCAGCCAUCAUUGGCAGCAUGGCUUUCGCCGCUGGACUUUUCUGGUUCGGCUGGACUGGAUAUACCGGCAAUACACAUUGGAUCGUUCCUACGGUAUCAGGAAUUCUCACCGGGUUCGGCUUACUAUGCAUCUUCCUUCAAUGUCUCAACUAUAUCAUUGAUACCUAUCUUGUUUUCGCCGCAUCUGCUUUAGCGGCAAACAGUAUCCUCCGUUCCUUUGCUGGUGCAGGAUUUCCCCUGUUCGCUCCUUAUAUGGUAAGGCAGACUCUCUCUGGCAAGUUUAAUGCCAUUGGAGUCAACUGGACGGGAACUCUCCUCGGUUGCGUAGCUGCCGUCCUCAUGCCCAUUCCCCUUCUCUUCUAUCUCUACGGCCAUAGAAUCCGUUCUAAGAGCAGGUUCGCCGCCGAAUAUACCACCGUCGCUAAGGCCAACACCACUGCUACCGAGAAUUAG